AUGGCAAUUGACACGAGAGAUCUCAAGCGUCUUAAGCACCGAGCGGACCAUUACCAAUCACGCCGCAGUGGCCACGAUGCCGACAGAAUAACGCAGGAAUGGAACAUGAACCCUCGGUACUUGACUCUGCUGGUGCGAAACGACUCCAAAUCGAGCCUCGGCGAGGAAUCGAAGGCAGUGCGGCGUUUCCAGGAGCAAUUCGUUCAAGACUUCGCGCAGGACAUUGAGACGCUGAAGCUUACCGAAACGCUGAAGGAUUACAUGGAACGGCUAGAUCAGAUCUUUUUCUUUGGCCUAUUGACGCGCUGUGUUGCGAAACCCGACAAAAUGUGCAAGGCCAAAAAGCUGGUAGGCCUCAGAGUAAGACGCACGCCGAACCGGACGAAGUCGGCUGAGUGGCACCCAGAUCGUGGUGAGAUCUGGUUAUGGUCCAUGACUUACCGACCACCUGGACACCCAGAGGAUGAAGAAGGGCUGAAGGAUCCGGUUUCGAGAAACCUAGACGAUCUACUCAUUGAAUUGGUUGAGGUGAUGCAGGUGGCCUGGUUCGAUAUCUUCUCUAAGCAUGAUACGACAGAGUAUCAGGAGGAGAUAGAAGGUCUAUCGGGGGAUGGGUGGAGAAUCCACCACCUCAAUAGCCUCGUAAUGAGUAGGAUUGUCAAGUGGUUACCCAGCCCCCAGGACAGCUUGUUCUACGAGGAGUAUCAGCAUGCAAUCUAUUCCAGAAACGCUGCCGUCGAUGAGCUCAAUGCGUUAUCGCCAUAG